AUGGCAGAGCAACAGACCUUUACUAUUCAGAACCGUGAGCGAAUUCAGGCAGUGGAGAGCACCUUUGGCCGCACUGGAAAGAUGCUUCUAAAACCAGGCCGUUUUCUGGUGGGAGAGGGCUGCUUGUUAAAGCUGUGCAGACGUGGACCCAAACCCAAAGCGUUCUUCCUCUUCAAUGACGUGUUGGUCUACGGUAGCAUCAUGGUGCCCGGUCUCUGGAACAAUAAUCAGAAACUCAUUCCUUUGGAGGAUGUGCAGCAGGAAGAUCUGGAAGACGGAAUGGCCAUGCCCAACCAAUGGCUCAUCCGCACGCCACGCAAGUCUUUCUACGUGUCUGCGCCCUCGUCUGAGGAAAAGAAUGCGUGGAUGGCACAUAUUGAGCAGUACAAGUCCCUCCUAGUGCAAGCUAAGGGCUUCCCCACUGACGGUGCUGCGGGGAACUUCGCUGCCACCUGGAUCCCUGACAUGGCAUCAGCCAUCUGCAUGCGCUGCUCAAAGCUAUUCAACGUUGCCAAUCGGAGGCACCACUGCAGGAGGUGCGGCUAUAUAGUAUGUAAAGCAUGCUCAAAGAGCCGGGCCUUGAUGCCAAACAUCUCCUCCAGACCGGUGAGAAUUUGCCGGGCCUGUGUGAGCAGGGUUCAUGAAGGAAAAGAGCAGGGAAAUAAGAGAGCUAAGGGAAAGCACUGGAAGAAGUACUCCGUAGAGGACACGCCAACAAUACCUGAGUUUGAGACGUCCAGUGAUGAGGAGUCCAGUGAGCAGGGGUACCAGGUGCCCACCAAGUGGUUCAAGAGCCCGGAGGAUGAGGAUUACUCCCCAUAUUGCUACAUAAAGGCCGAGCACAGGAAUCCUCCCAUCAGUGGACUCUGAACUUAACAGAUGUGAAAAAGUAUUAUUAUGAACUAUGCUCAAACUUAUCAGAGGCACAGAGACUGAAAUGAAUAGCAGUAAUUAUGAAGUGUUUUGCACAAAUGUAUUUGAGUCACUUUUGGGACUUGUGUUUUGCACUUGUAUUUGUAUGUAUGUAUAUUUGAAUGUAUGUAUAUCUAACUUCACUGAAUGACAAAUGUUUAUAUUAUAGCUUAUAUAUGUAUAUUAAGUGAACACUGUGACUUUUGCAAUCAGUACAAUAAAUAAGCAUUAUUAUAAAAUACUUUGGUGAGUGUACUAAACACACACAAACCAUUAUCUGUGACUGUAAAUGUUUAUUUAUAAACUGAAGAAAUAAUUAAAACAUUCCUAAAUUCUAACAGUGUGGAUUACAUUCAAUUCAAUAUCUUCAACAGAAGUAUUCUUACUUCUAAGACCUAUGACGAUUAAGUUAUCAAAGAAAGUAUUACAAUAGAUUGCAAUAAACAUACAAA